AUGAAAGCAACCCCCAGCCGCACCUGCACGUCUACCCCUCCUCCCGCACGCCUCCACCUGGACUGCUGCCCCCUUAUCCACAGCUCGGCCAAAAUCCUUCGCAGCACCCUCACAUCAACCACCGCUCCGCCCGCUGCACCCCAUCACGACAGCCGUCCUCGUGGUUUGAUCCCUCGAGCCAACGGGACCACCAGAUUACGCCCUCAGAGUAUGGUCGUUUCUGGUACUUUAGCCCCAGCUAGUAAUCGACCCCCUAGCCCACCUCCUGCUUUCUCGGUCAAUCCGCCCAGAAACUUCCCCCCGUCUACUACCUUCCCUGCCCCUCGGACUUUCCAACCAGGCAUCACCCAUCAAUAUCCGAGCACUAGAAAGCGUGGUUGUGAAUGGCACUACAAAGCUGUCCUGGCUUAA